AUUCACCCUCCAGGCCUUCUGUCCACAGUCCGAUGUAGUGCUGGCUUGCAGGAGCUCACUCGACAGAUCCUCCUGUCCUCUUCUUUCUCCCCUGUAUCAUGGUCAGGGGUUCCCUGGGUGUGGAGGGGGAAUCCCUCAAGGCCACAACAGCAGCAGGUACAGAGUGGGUCUGAGUGCAGGGCAAUGGACCCUGAAGAGAGGUGAUAACCUAGAGAAGGGCUGGCAGUUGGGGCUCUUCCUGGAAACUGUGGGGAGCUGAGAACACACAGGCCUGCGAGUCCACAACAGCUUGGGAACAGCGGGGAGAUGUAUAGCCCUCUCCUUAAGAGCGACCUGGUGGAGCUGUGCAGAGAGAGGGCUGCCACUGGAAAGCUCACUAAAGCUCAGCUGAUGGCCCAGCUGGAGGAGGAGGAUCGCGGGGAGGAGCUGACCCCUGCCUCAGAGGGAAGCAGCCCGGCAGAUGCAGCGCUGGCACCGGUGUCUGUCCCGGCUGGGAGGGGUCAGACUGCAGCUGAGAACACUCCGAGGCCCCUCCUAUGGCUAGGGGAGGGGCUGGAAGCAGCCCCCAAUGAACCCUGGGGGCACCGUGACCCCCCACGGCCAGCAGGGGAUCCUCACGGCGGAGCUCCCCAUCGCUGGAAUGGGAGAGGGAUAAGAAACUGACAGAGCUGGAGCUGGAGGAUCGGGAGAAACAGCUGUAGCCUGAACUGAAGUUGGUGAGGCUGAGGAGCAGCAAGCCCCCGGCUGCAGUGAGUGAGGGGGAACCCAGGACUGCAUGGAACUUUGAUAAGGGCAUCCUGUCCCAGUUUAAGGAAGGGGAGGACGUAGAUGAACUCCUGAUUGCAUUUGAGAAGGCCUGUGGGCUGCACAGGGUUGACCCUGCAGACAGGCUCUGGUUUCUCACCCCUUACUGGACCCCAAAGCCAUGGGGAUGCACAGCCAAAUGGAAGGGGUGGAGGCAGGGGACUAUGAACUGUGCAAAAAGGCCCAGCUACACAAGUUUGGGAUGACUCCCGAGGUGUACCAGAAAAAGUUCCAGAGUCAGCGUAAAACCCCUGAGGACACAUCUGGAACUGAUCCUCCGAAUGGAAGGAUAUGUCCACAAGUGGGCAGAUGGGGGGCCCCAGACUAAGGAGACAUGGUUAAACUGAUCGUACUGGAGCACCUGUAUGAACACUGUGCAUCCGACUUGAGGAUAUGGUUGGGGGAGAAAAGCCAGUUUGUGGACAGCUGGUCGGGGUGGAACGGAGGAAUCCCAGAAGAAUAAGCCUACCAUGGUGCAGAGAGUCACCCUGGGACCCCCCAAAGGGGGAACGUGGAGAACUCCCUCAAGGGGAACAACUGAUAUCAGAACAAAAUGACCGGCUCGAGGGGACCAACGGAACGUGAAUUGUUAUUACUGUGACCAGAGAGGCCACAUACGGAUCGAGUGCCCCAAGCUCAAGGACAGACUACGCAAAUUGAACCAUGACAGGGUUAACUGGGUAGGGAUCCAGCCGGAGGAGGGGCAGGCUUCCCAGGCAGGGGGGGUCUGGCAGCGUACCACCUGCUAGGAGGGAGGAGUUUCCCAGACCAGCUCCUCUGGGGGGCUGGAUGCUCCAGACCCAAGGUUCUCAGUUUAUCGGGUGGGGACAGGGUGGUCCCUGUGGAGCAAGUGCCUUGUUCCCCUGAAGGUGGAUGGGAGGAAGGUCAAUGGAUACUGGGACAUGGGCGCUGAGGUGACACUGGCAUGGCCUGAGGUAGUGGCCCCAGAUCAGGUGGCUCCUGAUACCUACCUGACCGUGACGGGUGUGGGUGGGACCCCAUUCAAGGUGCCUGUGGUGAGGGUACAUCUGAAAUGAGGGGCCAAGAAGGGCCCCAAGGAUGUGGGGGUGCACCAUCAUUUGCCCACAGAGGUGUUGGGGGGACUUAGAGAAUUGGCCAAGCAAUCCCCAGAACUCCCUACUCCUGACCCUGAGCUGGCGAGGGGCACUAUGCCCUAACAUUGGGUAGUAUAUCUCACCGGACCCGCGGACCCUACCCUGGUGGGGAGGGAGUGCCCCAGGACAAGGGAGGGGUGGUGGCUUCAGACCCAGCCGGUGACAGGGAGCAGGUGCCCAUUCCUUCCCCAGCCGCUGAGUUCCAGGCCAAGUUGCAAAAAGAUCCCUCCCUGCAGAAGCUAAGGGACCUGGCUGACCCCAGUGUGGCACAGGCCCUGGGGAAGGGUUGCCAGGAGAGGUUCCUGUGGGAGAAGGGAUUCCUGUACCAAGAAUAGGCUCCCCAAGGGAAGUGGAGUCAUGGGGAAGCAGGAGGCAGCUGGUGGUCCUCCAGAAGUUUCGCCACAAGCUACUGUACCUGCCCCAUGACAUCCCUCUUGCAGGGCACCAGGGAAUCCGGCGCACCAGGCAGAGGCUGCUACAGAACCUUUACUGGCCUGGGGUCUUUACCCAUGUCCGACAGUACUGCCAAACCUGUGACCCCUGCCAGAGGGUGGGGAAGGCCCAGGACAAGGGGAAAGCAGCUUUGGGACCUUUGCCCAUCAUAGAGGAACCUUUUCAGAUGAUGGCUGUGGACAUAGUGGGACCUCUCAGAAAGACAAGCCGAUUGACAACAUUACCCCAACGCAGUGGCCUUGUCUUCUAUCGAAGCAGACUCCCUGGCGAAUGCGCUGCUGACCAUUUUCAGCCGAGUAGGGUUCCCUAAGGAAGUCUUGACAGACCAGGGAUCCAACAUCAUGUCGUCCCUGCUCCAGUGCUUGUGGGAGAAAUGUGGGGUCUGGUACAACUGGGCCUCAGCGUAUCACCCCAGUCCAACGGGCUGGUGGAAAGGUUCAGUGGAGCUCUAGGGAUGAUGCUGAAAACCUUUAUGAACCAGCACCCGCAGGACUGGGACAAGUACUUACCUCACCUGCAGUUUGUGUACAGGGAAGUGCCCCAGGAAGCUACCGGGUUUUCGCCUUUCGAACUGUUAUAUGGAAGGAUAAGGGGGCCCCUUGACCUGAUGAGAGACGAAUGAGAGGGGAAGGCCACUCCCAAUGGAGAAUCAGUGGUGGAAUAUGUCUUGGCCUUCUGAGAGACUUGGUGAGCUCAUGGGCCUGGGCCAGGGAGAAUCUAGCCAGAACCCAGAGGAAACAGAAGGUUUGGUAUGACUGCACAGUGUGGGCCUGUGCCUACGCCAUCGGGGAUCAGGUGAUGGUUUUCAUCCUUGUGAGAAAAAACAAAUGACAAGCUCCCUGGGAAGGACCUUUCAAGGUUGUCAAGCAACUAAAAGAGGUAAACUAUGUGACGGAGCUGUCUAACCUGGCACACCACCGCCGGGUGUACCAUGUGAAUAUGAUGAAGCCAUAUUAUGAUGUGGGGGAAUGUGGAGUUGGCCGUGUGUGGAGUGGACAUUGGGAGGAGCAGGAAGAUGACCUUUUAGUAGAUCUAUUCCCUGAGACAAGAGCUGGCUCCUCCCUAGAAACAAUUCCUUUCCCUGAUCAGCUGACCCCUGCCCAGCAAGCUGAGAUCACAGGAGUGCUGCAUCUGUACCGACAGCUGAUUUGCAACCAAACUGGACUCAUUAAUCUAACUGUCCACUGGGUGGAGACAGGAUCACAUCCUCCUGUAAGAUGCUCACCCUUCUGAGUCACAGGGAAAACUGCUUAGGACCUGGAAAGAGAGGUCAGGGACAUGCUGGCAUUGGGGGUGAUCCAGCCAUCUUCCAGCCCUUGGGCCUCACUGGUGGUGCUGGUCCCCAAAAAGGACGGGUUGAUCUGAUACUGUGUGGACUAUCGGAAGCUUAAUGCCAUCACCGUGUGUGAUGUCUACCCCAUGCCCAGGCCUGACGAGCUCCUAGACACGCUGGGAGGCACUCGGUACCUUACCACCAUGGAUCUUACAAAGGGCUAUUGGCAAGUGCCAGGCUGAAAUCUGCCUUUAUCACCCCUCUGGGGCUCUAUGAGUUUCUGACCCUGCCUUUUGGCCUCAAGGGAGCACCUGCCACUUUCCAGCACCUGGUGGAUUAGCUACUGAGGGGGAUGGAGAGUUUUGCUGUCGCGUACAUUGAUGACAUCUGUGUCUUUAGCCAGACCUAGGAGGACCAUGUGUCUCAGUUUAAGCAAGUGCUGGACCGACUCCAGGGGGCUGAGCUGACUAUAAAAGCUGAGAAGUGCAAGGUGGGGAUGGCUGAAGGAUUUUACCUUGGCCAUUGGGUGGGGAAUGGCUGCCUAAAGCCAGAAUUAGCCAAGGUGGAGGCGAUGAGAGACUGGCCCGCUCCCCAAACCAAAAAGCAGGUCCAGGCCUUUAUUGGGAUGGCGGGGUACUAUUGAAGAUUCAUGUCCUACUUUCCAUCACUAGACUAUGCAGGAAGGGGAAACCAGACAAGGCGGUCUGGACCAAGGAGUGUCAGGAGGCUCUCCGGGCGCUGAAGGAGGCUCCGGUCAGUGGCCCAGUUCUGGCAAACCCAGACUUUGACAAGCCCUUUAUGGUGUUCACCAACACCUCAGACAUGGGACUGGGGAUGGUGUUGCAGGUUGAUGAAAAGGGGGAGAAACACCCCAUCAUGUACUUGAGCAAGAAGUUGUUAGCUUGGGAGCAAAACUUUGUGGCCAUAGAGAAGGCAUGAUAUGGGCCCUUAAACUACUGCCAUUUCUAUUUGGGUGACACUUCACUGGGUACACUGACCACUCUCCCCUGCCCUGGCUACACCAGCUGAAAGGAGCCAACGCCAAGCUCCUGAGGUGGAGCCUGCUCCUGCAGGAUUAUGAUAUGGAGGUGGUCCAUGGGAAGGGGAGUGUCAACGUGAUAGCUGAUGUGUUGCCCUGGAGAGGGGAGGCCGAACUUCCCCAGGUCACUGGUCAGAGUGACCCCGCUCAGUUCAGUCUUGAAGUGGGGAGAGAUGUGAUGGAAUAGGGAGUAGGGGGUAUUAACCUGGUAAUGCUGCAUGAGAGUUUUACUAGUUUACUGUCUGCAUUAAUACUGAUGGUGCUGGGAAAUAAGGGUCUGACUUCACUGAGGGAUGAUACCUGACAGCCAGCACCUAAAGGAUGGUGGCUGCCCUUCGUAACCUGAGCCCAGGAGGGGGCUGGGGCCAGGUGACACCUCCUGCCCAGGAAACUGGACAAAGCCUGGAGGAGAGGCUGGAGGAGGCAGUAGGAAGGGGUUUCAGUUUGGAACUGGCUGGGGAGACGGGGUGGAGGAAGGCCCAGAACUUGGGUCUGGGCUCCCACCCCCCAAGAUGGACCUAAUUGAGGGGUCCUGUUUUCUGCAAUUACAAGCUCUGUUUUAGACUUUGUUCCUGUCGUCUAAUAAACCUUCUGUUUUAUUGGCUGGCUGAGAGUUAUGGUAAAUCACAGGAAGUGGGGCUGCAGGGCUCUGACUCCCCCACACUCCAUGACAGUAGGUACUCCACCUUUCUGAGAGGCAGUAGCUGUGUCAACUACCACGACCCUUGGUAAAUCGUUCCAGUGGUUGAUUACACACUGUUAAAAAUGUACACUUCCUGGGCACAGCUGAGGAAACAGCACUGAGUUUAAAUAAACACUGGACACAUGGCUUUUCCCAGCUCCCCAGAGAUAAGCACAAGGCCUUCCCUAUAACAGGAGCUGUAAGUAGAUCAGAGUAUGCACAGCUGUGCUGGAAUCACCAUGACUGUCCGAAUGCUGGGGGCCCUCACGGCUUUGUUCUUUCUCCUUGCUCAGUGUGGGGCAGGGGCUCAGGAAGGAGGGGUUCCAAGAGUGCCGGCAUGUGAGCACGCUGCCCUGGCACCAGCGUGCCCCUUGAAUUACAGCCCUGUCUGUGGGACUGAUGGCAACAGCUACAGCAAUGAGUGCAUGCUCUGCGAGAGCCGAAGAAUAACCAGGCAAGAUAUCCAGAUUGUGAAGAAUGAAAUAUGUUAAUAUUUGGAGCCCUCCAGGACACAUUAUGAACCACAAGAAAGCUCUGUAAUCGAUGCUCUACUCUCUAAGUUGAUUCAAAAGAACAUAUAAUGAUCAUUUCAGUUUGUUAUUCUGAAUAAUAAAAUUAGUAUAGGAAGCA